GUCCGACGCUGUCACCAGGCGGCGAAUUCAGCAGAGCAGCUGUCCGCCACGGUGCUAGCGGAAUUGGGCACGCCCAGCAGUUUCCAAACAUCGAGGCUCCUCAGGCCUUUUUUUGUUUUAUCUGGCGAUGGGAAGAAGAUAGCUUCCGUGAGCCCAGUCAUUACAGGAAACGACUAUCAUGCCAGCACUAGCAAGAGCCUUCUCCGAAUGCACCAUGAAGAGGUGCCGGUACCUGAAGCUGUCGGCUUACAUCAUGUGUCUCUGCAGUGGGCUGGUUGUCGCCAUACUCGGCAAUGCCUCGCUGACCCGGCUGAACGUCCUGAGCGUGGAAAGCCAGCGUUGGGGGCUCCACGGACACCAGCGACACCUCGCGGCGCUAGCCGUCGCCACUGUGGUACUUGGUUCAGCGUGUGCCUUGGCAGCUGUUCUUGGUUGUGUGGACGCGCUUUUGGCGAGGAGGCCUCAUCUGGCGCUGGACGUCGUUACAGGCAUUCUCAUUUUGGCCCAAGUCGGAGUUGCUUCUGCAGGCUUCACCUUAAUGAUAUGGGUAAAGAACGACAUUCCACCAGGACGAACGAACUGCAAGGAUUGUUUGAAGAACGUCAUCUUCGUCUGUGGAAGAUUCAUUCCCGCCAUAGGCAGCCUGCUUCUGGCAUCUGCAGUGGCCCAGUGCAUCACCAUCGUUAUAAACCGUGUCGACCAGUCGCAAGCCGAAGUUCAAGCCAAGCUUGAUCGGGCGAACAAUCUCGAGGAGUACAGGAUGAAAACAGUGGACCAAUUCAUCGGCUCAUGGGCUCCAAGAAAAAGUCAGUCCUGGGGCGGCAACCUUGACUACUCAGGCUCACUGUUUGACCGGUCUGGGCCUGCGAAGAAAGUGCAGACUACUCCCACCAGCACGCCGCGCAUGAAACUCCGGUUCGGCGCCGCCAAGUCACCGCCGGCCAGGAUACGCCCUCCGAUCGAGAUCGUCAUCACCGAGGCACCGCCCGACGCCUCCAGCAGAGCCGCCGCCAGGGCCGCCUUGCAGCAAGAGUCGCAGGGCGAAGGACUGGGGCUGCCCGACUUCGGCCACUACGCGAACGUGGAGUAGAAGGCCGGAACCUCCGCCUGUGCGAGAGCACGCGACGCGUGCUGGUUUUGUGAGACUCGAAUAAGGCGGGGCAGUGCGACACACCUAACUUUUCACUCGUGGCUCCUUGAGGCAUGCCAUCAAGAUGCGUCUCUGCCGCACGGUGAUCGUCUGUACUAAUACAGUUAGUGUUUCAUUGCUAAGGAUGCGAAACGUGGAUGCAUUUCAGCAUAUUCCGUCAUAGUCGGCACAAGCCACUGCAGCAUGCUUGCAGCGUGUUGCGGUAAGGGGCAGCCGUAGUAAUUCGUACUUAAAAGGGUCUGCCUCGAUCGUGUCUGCGUAGGUUAGUCCCGUUCGCUCGUGUCAGCCGUAGUGUCAGCGCUGCGAACAUAUAUGUGGCACUCAGUGAUUUAUAGGUCAAUGUUAAUGUGACAUAACUUUUGUUUAAAAGAUAUCUUAUUUAAAAUUGUCAUGAAGUUAACACGAAUAUGCGCUGGUAAAGCAAGCGGUUUAUUUAUUCUUAAGCUUUUAACACCAUGCCGAGAAAUAAAAUGCCCUUGAAAGCCUGUGUGUAUAACCAUA